GUGUUGUGUUAAUUUGUGGCUCCCACUUGUUUCUCUGUUGUGGCUUAACUUCAGUUUAGAGCGAACUAUUGAGACGUUUUAACGUGUUGCCGCAGUAUUUCUACGUUAGAAACGUUUACCGACGGUUUAGUUUUUUGUUUAAGAAAAAAAUGACAAUUGUUUAUUGGCAUUAUAGCGGUUUCUUUGCUAAUUGAACAGAGAGUUUAAUUAAAUGACCAUAUUGAAUUUUGCAAAAUUUGUUGCAUAUUUUUGUGAGUGUAUUUAAAUUAAUAAACAGUGUGUGUGUUUUUUCGUUUUCAAAACUACUGAUCAUGCGCAGUUUUAAUUUAAUAACAAAAUUUGAUUAUAAUAUAAAAAUAUCAAAACACUUUGUUGACUUUUUUGUGGAUUAUAGAACAACAGGUGUUUUUUUGAUAUCAACGCUGCAAGAAAAAGCAAAAAUAAUUCUCAAUUAAAAAAUCAAAACUCUUCACAAAAGAAAUCAAAAGGAACGUGUGUUGAACAAAAAAAACUAAAAGCAGCAACAGAAAUAAAAACACUUAAAAGCGGUUAAAUAACACUCCUUAAUCUUAUAUUUUUAUAUAAGAAAUUAGAAAAAAUAAAUAAACAAAAAAUGUUAUAACCAAAAAAUAAAAAAAAAGUAAAAAGAAAAGAUAAUCAUUUUGUAUUCUAAAAAAAUAAGAAUACCAUUCCAUACAAUAUUUUUGUGUUAAAAUUGUGAGUGAAGUAUCUGUUAAAUGCACAAAACAACAACUAAAAUGUUUAAAUUGUUUUAAAGUGAAACGUGUUUAUAAUUUAGAAUUAAAACAAGGGGCUUUAUUUAAAUAAAACAAAAUAUAAAAAAAUCUAACAAAUUUAUUAUUAAAAUAUCUGAGUGAAGAAAAAAAAAUAAAAUAAAUUAAUAAAUAAAUGUCUGUUUAAGGCUGAUUACGUGUUUGAAAUAUUAUCAAAAAAAAGAUAAAAAAAUUUUAUUAAAAUUAAAUUUAACCCUAGUAAUACUGAGAUCAUCUUCAUUUAUUUUCAAAUACAAAAAAAAAGUGAAAUAAUCUUAAAGAAAAAUUUGUUUAAAUAUUGUGUCAUAUCAAAGCUUACAAAUGUAUUUUUUUAAAUCGUUUCAAAAAUUACAUUUUAAAUACGGUUUAAUUUAAUUUGUCAUUGAAAAUUAAAUUUGUGUAAAUUUAAAUCUUUCGCUCGUAAAUUUGUGGAUUAUUUAAAAGACCCCCAUCUGUCGGUUGCUUAUUGUAGUAUAUGGAAGGUGACAACAACUUGACCAAAACAACUUUAUUAAUAGCAACAAUAGAAAAUGCAUAAAAUUAUACUACAACCAGCAACUUAAUCAAAUUAAAAACUCCCUCCCCCAAAUAAAGCGAAACUAAAAUUUGGAGAGAUAAAAAAAAAACAACAACAAACAAAACAUAAAUAUGGCCAAUAAUAAACAACAAAAUGUCACCAGCAAUUGUCAACUGUUAAAGCAACAAUAACAAAACAGAUAAAAAAUCUCAAUCCUAUAAAAAAGUUUCAAAUUAAAAAUAAAAAUUUUCUUUAAAAAUGUUUUGAAUAAAAAAAAAUAAUUGUUUUAUUCGGAAAUAAACAAAAAAGUGAAUGUUUAAUUAAAUAUAUGUUCUUUAUAUAUAUAGAAAUAUUAAUACUUAAUAGUAAUGAUGAUGAUGAUGAUGAAAAUUUGUUAAUGUACGCGCGUUUUUGUUGUGAAAUUGACCAACAUAUUGAACGGAUCUGAGACGCCAUCGUGCCGGGUUUCAUAUUACGCGUCGACUGUGUUCCAUUGUUUGUAAACAUUAUCAUUAUUAUUUUUUUAGAGAAAUACAAGCAUUUCUUAUUAUUGUUAUUGUAAACACGCACUACAUUUACGCCCUUAUUUGGUUUUAUAAAAUCCAAAAAAGUCGUGAAAACCUUAAGAAAAAUUCUUUAAACAACAGAGAGAAAAUAACUACAAAACAAUAACAAUUCGUCGUUUAUUGUAUGUAACUUGUCUUCAUUUUCAAUAUAUUUUUUUUCCUGUAGUUAUCAACAUUCAUCUUUACACGUUUAUUACCAAAACAAAAACUAAAAUAAAAAAUAAUCAAAUAAAACUUAAGUAAAACACAAAGUCCUUGAUUACAUGGCAAUAUAAUUGAAAAUUAGCCCAUCACAAGCAACACCAACUUUAAGAUCAAUUUCUGUUGUCGAUCAGCCAGUUUACUGUGAACAGCAGUUCUGUGGAAAAAAAAAUCAGUUCAACUUUAAGCAUUUUUUUUUGCUGAGAACAUAACGUAACGACAUUAAAACAAAAUACACAGCAACACGUAAGUGGGACAAAGUUUUAUUAAAAUUUUUAACGAAAGUACCACACUUGCACAACGGAUUUUAAGUCAACAUGUCUUCCAGCCGCACCACAAAAAUCUUCUCAUACACCUGCCAUCAACGUAUAACAUAUUUAUCAGCUUUAUAUUUAGUUUUUGUUUUGCUAUUAAAAUGUCACAAAGUUGCUGGUGUUUUAGGCAAAUCACAGAUGUGUGAAGUGGAAACGGGACAAACAAAUAUAAUAUUGGAUAUAGAGGAGAGUAGAGGUGAUUAUAUUGGCCAACAAACAAAUCCGCCUGAAUUACCCAUAUUUGGUGAUCCCUUUACGGAAAUUGCCUUAGAUCUAGUCUUUCCUAAAGGUAAUCCUAUAUUUCUAUUAAAUGGCAAAAAAUUACAGCUGCUACAACCGCUGGAUAGAGAUGAAGAAAAUUUAAGUCAUAUUGUUUUUCAAGUUUCCUGCACCAUACGUUCCACUCUUAAACGCCGCAAUAUACCGAUUAUAGUGCGCGUGUCUGAUGUUAAUGAUAAUGCACCUCGAUUCAUGAACACACCUUAUGAGGUUACCGUGCCUGAGAGUACACCAGUGGGUACAACAAUAUUUCGUAAUAUACAGGCGCUGGAUAAGGAUGCCGGUGUUAAUGGUCUGGUCGAGUACUUUAUUGUUGAGGGUUCUACAAAUACUACAGAAGAUGAAAAGAUGACAAUUGCUGAUGGUUAUGGCACGUUUGCCAUAUCAUUUCCCCAUCAAGGCCAGGUUACUGUUGCUAAAACAUUGGAUUACGAGAAAAUACAACGUUACUAUUUGACAAUUGUCGCAUCGGAUCGUGCACGCAAUGUUUCAGAACGUUUGUCCUCCACCACUACCCUAACGGUCAACAUAGCCGAUUCAGAUGAUUUAGAUCCAUCGUUUAUAUAUCGUGGCUGCGUACUGCUCGAUGGCGCCUGUAUUAAUCCAGAAUAUACUGCUUCAGUGCCAGCAGGGUCAUUGCAAGGUGUACUCACAGUGACACCUGAAAGAAUACAAGCAGUAGAUUUGGAUACAAUAAGUUCACCCAUACGUUACUCAUUUGCUAGCGGCAUGCCGGGAAAUUAUGCAGAUUAUUUUGAAAUCGAUGAACAGACAGGAGUGCUAAAACAAAUUAAAGCGGUAGAUACCUCAACGGCUAAAAAGUAUGAUAUUAUAGUUAAAGCCGAAGAAGUAUCCACUGCGAAACGGUUUACCACCGCUAAAUUAACCAUUAAUGUUAAACCAGUAGAUGCCAAUCCACCAGUUAUAUCGGCCAGUUCAGUUGUGGGUUAUGUAGAUGAAAAUUCUCCCUUAGGAACCCGAGUAUUAGAUGAGAAUGGUAAACCUAUAUCUUUCAAGACUACAGAUGCCGACUUAACUGAAGAUGAUCCAAAACCAGAUUAUAUUUACGAAUUAACGACACCUUCCUUUGAGGUAACUGCCGAUAGUAUUUUAGUGGUAAAUGAAGAAGGUUUAGAUCGUGAUCCUCCAGCUCCUGGAAAAUACAAAUUCCAAGUGGUGGCACGAGAACCUAAAACCAAUGCUGCUAGUGCUCCUUUAAGUUUAACUGUUAUACUAAAAGAUGUAAACGAUAAUGCUCCCAAAUUAUCGAUGGUUCCUCCAGUGUCCAUUACAGCUGGAGAUGGCGUACGUAAAGUUGCCAAUGUGACAGCCACCGAUAAUGAUGAGGGCGCCAAUGCUGUGAUAACUUACUCUAUUUAUCAUGUCUCCAAUAAUGGCAUGCAAAAGUUCUAUAUCGAUGAACAGACGGGAGAAAUAGAAACUCGGGGACGCCUUUUGGCUGGAGAACAGUAUAGUAUUACGGUACAGGCUUCAGAUAUAGGAGGACUUUCAUCGCAGGCUAUUGUAGAGGUAACGGUAACACCUGGGCCUAAUACCAAGCCACCGAAGUUUGUUAAACCUGUUUAUGAGGUACAAGUUAGUGAGGGAGCCGAAAUUAAUUCUACCGUUACUGUGGUGCAUGCUGAAGAUCCCGAAAAUGAUCCUGUGAUAUAUUCCAUAAUAUCGGGUAAUGAUUUAAGACAAUUUGCCGUAGGCCAAGAAUCUGGAGUUAUAGCUGUGAUACGUAAACUGGAUCGUGAAAGUUUAACACGGUAUCAGUUAAUUGUUAAGGCUGAAGAUAAUGGAGGUCUUUCCAGCACCGCUACUGUUAAUAUCAAGGUCACCGAUAUCAACGAUAAGAAUCCGGAAUUCGAUGAAUCCACAUUGCCUUAUGUGUUCCAUGUAGAUGAGGGUAAGGCUAAAGCUUUUGUGGGUAUUGUUCAUGCCACCGAUGCGGAUGAAGGUAUAAAUGCCGAAAUUACCUAUUCCGUACCCAAUGAUAUACCUUUUUCUAUUAAUGGUUCCUCGGGAGAAAUACGUACGUCCGUAGCUUUGGAUUAUGAAAAACAAAAUGAAUAUCGUUUUGUUGUCACUGCCAAGGAUGGUGCUCCUGAUGCUCGUUUGGGUACAGCUAGUGUUACGGUUUUGGUCAAAGAUCUUCCCGAUGAAGUGCCUAAAUUCAGCGAUUCUCGUAUAGAUGUGCGCAUACCAGAAAAUGAACCAGAUGUUACGGUGGCUACAGUACAGGCCUUUGAUCCUGAUACUAUGCCAGAAAUAACAUAUGUGAUACGCAAAGGAGCUACCGAUCUUUUUAAGGUUAAUCCCCAAACUGGUGAAAUUAGAACGACUAAGGGUUUGGAUUAUGAAAAACAAAAGGUCCAUGAACUAAUUGUGGGCACCAUAGAGAAUGAUGGCAACGCAGCUGGGGAUACCAUUAAAGUUGUGGUAGAGGUAGAAGAUCGCAAUGAUGUGCGUCCGGUAUUUGUGUCGGUACCCGAACCGGUAACAGUUAAUGAUGAUCAGCCUAUAGGUGCCAUGAUAGCCACUAUGCCAGCCAUAGAUGGUGAUGGUUCUUCUCCAGGUAAUGUGGUACGCUACGAAAUGGUGGGUAGAGGUAAAGCUUUGAAAUAUUUCCAAGUUGACCCCGAUACUGGUGCCAUACGUAUACGUGAUGAAUUGCGCAAGGAAGAAGACACCGAAUAUCAGGUGGACAUAAGGGCUUACGAUUUGGGAGAGCCUCAACUGAGUUCUGUAGCCACUUUACCGGUAUUUGUUAGACACUUACUGACCGAUCCCAAUGAGGACAAUAUGAUGGAGGGCCGUCUAGAUAAUGGUGUCAUAAUGUCCCCCGAAAGUUUGGGUUUGGCAUUUAGUGAUGAUAGUUAUACUACUGGAGUGCCUGAAACCACUGGCAUUAAUGCCACCAUUAAGCUGAUACAAGUUAUUAACUCAAAGAAAUCGGUUAAAUCAAAUCCCGGCUUUAAAUGUGAAAUCAUUAAAGGCAAUGAUUUGGGUUUGUUUAAUGUAACCCAAGAAGAUCAUGGUUGCGGCAUAAAAUUAAUAAAACAUUUGGAUUUUGAAAAUAAAACUGCUCAUUCUUUAGAUUUGAAAUUGGUCUCUCAUAAAUAUUUCAUUAAUCCACAAAAAAGUACCACUACAGUUAAAAUUAUAGUGCAAGAUGAAAAUGAUAAUGCACCUGAAUUUAUCUACAAUAGGGCUCGAGGUCGCAAAGAUACUUUCUAUGCAGUUGUUACCCCCGAAAUGGAUACAGAUACACCCAUAUUACAGGUGCGAGCCACCGAUCGGGAUUCGGGUAAAUUUGGCAUGAUUCGCUAUAAGAUAUACGAUGAGGAAGACAACACUUUAAGCACUGACAAUUUGCCCACCAGUUAUUUUGUCAUGACCGAGGAAACGGGUAUUUUACGUACGGCCAAAUCAUUCCGCGAGCAAACAAAUUUCCCCAAGAUUUUCUAUGUAGAGGCUCGAGACAACGAUGGUCAAGAAAUGGGUUCUCAUCGUACACGAGCUCGCAUUGUUAUUAAUCAAAUUACUGAUUUAAAUCGCCUUUCUCUGGUCUUUUCUGAUGCUACACCCAAUGAAUUGCGCAAUCAAUAUGCCGCCUUAGAAGAAUUAUUUUCCGAAAAGACAGGCGGUUUAAUUACGGGCAUAGAACGUUUUAGCAAUCGUAAAUUUUUAAAUGAAAAUGGUACUAUUUUGGAAAAUCCCUCAGCCACUGAUGUUUGGUUUUAUCUUAUUGAUCCUAAAACGGAAACUAUUCUACAGCGUAAUUCUUCCAUAGUUCAAGAAACCCUAUUGGAACCUACCGCCCGAGCAGAACUGAAUUUUGCUGCCUCAGGUGUGGCCAGAGCCACAGCGGAGGGUAUUUAUCCACCCAUCGAAUUAAAGCAAGUGGUACAAAGCAAGAUUUUGCCUAUAGCUAUUAACGAUGAAGUUUUCCCCUAUACUUUGAUAGCAAUAUCAAUUAUUAUAUUGAUUUUGGGUAUAAUUGGUAUCAUCUAUAUUUGCAUUUCUUGGUCAAAGUACAAAAACUUUAAACAACGCAUGCGUCAAUAUUCCACCCCCAGUCCAACACGUUAUGAUCCCGUCAUAGUUAAUUCUCAAGCCUCUAAUGGUGGUGAUACUGUAGCCAAUCUGAAAGAGUAUGAAACUCAAGUUUUAGCCAUGGCAGUACCACCUGAUGGUGAUGAUGAACUGCAAAUUGAUUUCAGUGCUAAAAAUCAUGCCUUCUCCCUAGACAAUGUGAGUUAUAUAACUCACAAAGAACACAAUGGCAGCUCAAGUGGGGGACAAACUAGUCCUUCACAUUCCGAAGCUACCACUGCCACCAUAGCAACACUACGCAGAAAUAACAACAAUAAUUUAAAUAAUAUGUCGGCCAAUAAUAAUAUUAAUAAUCAUACCAUGAAUAAUAGACAAAAUACUUUUAAUCGUACAUUGGAAAUGAAUGUACGCAAUAAUGCUAAUCCAUUGGCGGCCAAUGGAACACUGCCGGGAACUUUAACGCUGGGUCGUAUUAAACAUCAAAAUUCUAAUCAUUAUCAGAAUGGUGGCUAUAAAUUGGAUACAGUGAGUCGUAAUAAUUUGGCAAAUGCCCAAAAUAAUGCGUACAGUACAUUGGGAAGAAGGGGCAAUACUUUUAGUAAUAAUAAUUCCAAUGCCAACAAUGGCGCUGAAAUGGGAGCUAAUGGGGAGCUAAUGACAAAUACUUUGGGUAGGAAUCAUCAGCAUAAUAUACAGCGGGGAUAUAAUGAAGUGCCAAUAACAAAUCCAUUAUUUCAAAGAUCUAAUGGCGAUUUAAGUCAUAUAAGUCCUUCAAAUGAAAAUGUUACCUUCGGUAAACGGGAUUAUGGUCAAAUGGGUUUUUCCUAUUUAAAUGAUUUAGAUCGCUCAGAAGUCGAAACAACAACCGAAUUAUGAAAAAUUUCGAAUAUAAAACGAACUUUAAAAUAAAAAAACAAAACCCUCAACAAGCCAAAAUACUUUUUUAAAAAUAUUUUAGUUAAUUUGUAAAAAAAAUAAUAAAACAAUAAAUGCAA